CUCUCAGCUGAUCGGACUCAAGCGAGACAUGGAUAUUGUACUCGUGUGAUCAUUAUCGUCAUCACAGUUACACUAACUGAUGUGUUAUUAUUAUUGAUAGCCUGUGUUGUAUUUACACGAAUGUUCAUAGUUGUAAUUGAUGAUACCGCCGAUGUUGUUGCCGAUUAUAUCGCUCGCCUCCGCGUUGAAUUGAGGCGAGUCUGACCCGCUGAUCGCUACUCAUAAUUAAGGUAACUGGUACACAUCAAGUCGUGAUCACUUGCAGUGCUCUCGUGUGUCAUUCCACUGCUGGAUGAGGACCCCCCCCCCUGCCCCGCCUCCACACCAGAGGUCGCAACCGGGUACCCGAUACCCGUACCCUACCGAUACCCGGCUACCCGGCCGGGUACGGGUAGGCCGUGAGUCACUGCACUAAGACCGGGGGGCCAUGUCGUACGCCCUGUGCCGCUGGCGGGCGCUGGCAGCGCGGGCUAGCACACAGCGGCCCCUUCAAGCUGCCCACGACAACAGGGGCCUCCUCCUCGCGUCUCCCGCUGCCGGGGGAGGUUCCCUCGCCACGGCCCCCGCCCGGGGCCUGCGAUGCUCGGCGGCGCGCGCGUCCGUCAUGCCGGCGUGGCAGCUGCAGUCGUACGGCGGGCUCGACGCGCUCCGCUACAACGCCAACACUCCCUUCCCCAUCAUCGUCUACCCCAACGAGGUGGUGGUGAGGGUGCACGCGUCGAGCCUCAACCCCAUCGACGCCGCCAUGUCGCGCGGAUACGGCGCGCGCGUGCUGAACACGAUGCGCGACCCCCUGCGCAUGAAUCCGCGUGACAGCGAGCUGCCCCUCGUGCUGGGCAGGGACUGCUCUGGGGUCAUCAUGGAGUGCGGAGUUUCUGUCCAGCACUUCCGCCCGGGCGACGAGGUGUGGCUGGCCUUGCCUCCGUGGAAGCAGGGCACGUUCGCCGAGUUCGUCGUGGCCAGCGCCAACGAGGUGGCCCACCGGCCGAUGCGAUUGAGCCACGAGGAGGCGGCCUCCAUCCCGUACGUGGCGCUCACCGCCUGGUCCGCCCUGGUCACCACGGGAGGGCUCAACAACAAGACGGCUCGCGGCAAGAGGGUUCUCAUUUUGGGUGGAUCGGGAGGAGUGGGGACAUUCGCUAUCCAGCUGCUGAAGGCGUGGGGCGCCCACGUGACGGUGACGUGCAGCGAGGACGCCCGCCCGCUCCUCGCCGGCCUCGGCGCCGACCACACCCUCGACUACCGCCACCGCGACCUGCCGGAGCGCGCACGGGCCCUCUCGCCAUUCGACCUAGUGCUGGACGGAGUAGGGGGCUCGCUGGAGCAGUGGGCCCUGCGCUGCCUGCGACCGUGGACGAGCGCCAAGUACGUGACGCUGGUGACGCCGCUGCUGCUCAACGCCGACCGCUUCGGCCUCGGCGACGGCAUGGUCAAGUCGGGCCUCACCCUGGGCCGCAGGGUGCUCUCCAGCUUCUACAGCGGAGUUCACUACCGAUGGGGGUUCUUCACGCCCAACGGCCCCGCCCUCGACGACAUCACAGAGCUCGUCAACAGCAAGAAGAUCCGACCCGUCGUAGAGAAGGUUUUGCCCUUCCAGGACGUGCUGAAGGGUUUGCACGCGAUGGAGAGGGGCCACGCGCGUGGGAAAACCGUCGUCACCGUCUCCUCGGCCGCACGAUAGCGCCUCUGCCAUGGCGUCGUGUAGCUUCGGCGGAGGGAAGGGGCCGGGUGGAGGGGAAGGAGGGGGAGGGAGCGCAGAACUGGGCUCUAUCGAUUGUUGAAGCCGUCGGAUACUCGACCGAUUCACGAACUCGAUCGCUCGACCAAUCGGGUUGUGAGGAAGACAGCGGGAGAACAAAAGAAGUGUCGCUUCGGUUCCCGUGGGAGGGUGAUGGGCGGGGCUUGGUGACAUCAUCGACAUCAUCGUCACCGACCGCGUCACACUGGGCGUGGCUUGUACAGGGGGUUUCCCGACUUCGGGAGGCAGGAUGUGGGGGUGGCCCCAAUAUAUCGAUUGAUCAACUUGAUCGACUCGCCGCCCCGGCUCUCGUUGGGAGCGCGGCGUGUGUGACGCGGCGUCGUAGCGCCCGUAAGCGGUGUGACGGAGCGUGCCAUCCUCGCAAGGGUGAGACGCCGGACCCUUCCGUCCCGUGAACUUUUAACGUAGAAGAACAACAGUGCUGUUUUCAAGUCGGCCAUUGUGUGCUUAGAAGCGAGCUGGUUAGCGCAUACGGCGGGUUCUGAGUCCGACCGUCAAACUCCUUUGGCGCGGGCCACAUGUCCACACCGACGCCUAAUUUUGCGUGACCCAAUGAUAACGCGAAAAUAAAUAAAUGUCCAUAAUUUAUUGUACGUCGCCGCAAUUUGCUGUUGAUAUCCCCCCCCCCCGCGCCUCCCAUCCGGUGCACCUCGAGGCACCGCAUUUGAGACCAAAUAUUCCACAAUGCAGCGUGGACAGCAAACGCAACAAAUGAGGAGAUAACGAAGUCGGGCAGCUAAUCCGGGGGGGGGCCCUUUCCGCACCUCCGAUCGGCACGGUCGGCUACGUACGGUGCGAAAGAAGUUCAACGUAGACACGUGCUUUCAGCGACGCUACAUUACAAGAGCGGUGUUGCUGCCAGGUUGAAAAUUGUUCUCCCCCCUCCCCUCUAGCUCCCGAUCAGUGCGGCUAAGAUUGCGUUGCCGCGACGGUUAUGAACAUCGCCAGCGGGCCGAAUCAAAGCACCUCCGAUUAGCACGGUUGGCUACGUACGGCGCGAAAGAAGUUCAUAUACAGAGCGGCUAAGUCGAGCGAAGGCCCUUGGUGAACGGAAAGUCUGUCGAUCGCUGCCGCUCGGAUGUACGAUAGCGAAUGGGAAAUAAACAAACUCGAUGCUUUGUUUGCGCGGUGGGUUGGUGAUGGAUGUGCCCUACUGCACGAUCCGUCCGUAAAUGCUCCACGCCAUGUUCGAGGUACAUGCCUGGCAUGCUCUUAAGUUUUUUCGGUAAAGUCACGUAGGUAAAAAUAAAUAAUAGAAAUAAAAUAAUAAAUCACGACGUUUCGGAGGCAACGCAAGUCUCCGUCAUCAGGUGGGACCGUCACAGCUAGAUUUAUUGUAUCAAGUGAGGAAAAAUUCCAAGAGACGAGCUCUUAAAUACAAGUUAAGGGGGAGGGGGGGGUUUAUCUGAAUGUGGUAGCCAAUGAAUGGAACGUGUUGAGGGGGUGGGCGGGUCUAAAAGAGAACAAUCGGUGCACCUCAACUCGGGGUUGUAACCGGUGUUGGCUGACAAUCCAAAUACAAAAAAAUUAACCCGUAAAAACAAAGUUUUUCACUAUAAAUCCUUUAUGUGCGUGGCGGCUAGAGUCCUCUCGUCCUCUGGCUUGAGAUGGCUGCCACCUAUGGGUCAGAUGAUUGCCUGCCACCAUUAAGCAAUUGGUAAUUAAAUAUUUUAAAAAAUUCCUAAAAAGUGUACAAUUUUUGAAAAAAAUUUUCACGAAAAUAAAUUGUCACGCACAAC